AAAAAUUUUGCGCGCGAAAAAUUCUUUCACAGAGCGAUAAAAAGCGGUUAAUUGAAAAGUAUGUUUUCCCUUUCCUCAUUAUCCAAACCCUUCCGACGCAGGUCGAAAGUUGGCGAAGGUACAUUGUUGGAAAUGGAAAAAAUUCGAGACAACGACGGCUUAGCGAGUGAUAAUCAGUUAAAGAUUUCAAGAAGAUAUGCAGAGAGACUUGGGUCUGUUGGCGGAACACGAGAAAUGUCCGAAGAGGAAAAAAGGUACCACGAUUUGUUCGGCGUCAACAGCCAAACAGAAGAAUGUGGCCACACUAAAAAGACACCGAGAAAGAAGAGAAAUGAAGCAGUUCAACUUUCUGAAGUGAUAUUUGAAAAUAACAACGAUGUAGAAGACAACGGUGGCGACACAGUUCUGUCAGUUCACACAGAAGACCUCACUCGCCGAGGCAUAACUCGUAAAAUCGCUUCAGAAAUUGCCUUCGAGUGUCGUCAGUGGGCAAAAGAAGACAACGAAAGAAAGGAAAAACAGUUAAAAUUAAAGUCGGGCAUUUCUGACACGCCUGCACAAAAGCUUGCGAAAACAGGGCAAUAUGUCAAUGCAGAGAGUUCCGACUCAAACGUUCAAGAAAAUGUCGCAGAAUCUCUUUGUGAGCUUGCCGAAGAAGAUAUCAAAGUCAAAAAGAAGAAAUGUUCAAGGAAAAUGAAACGAAAACACAGAAAGAUCAACCCUUUAUGUGAUUCGACUACUGGCAACGACUCAGUAAAUCCUGAACCUUGUCCAAUGAAGAAACCAUCUGAUAUCUACAAAAUGUUUCAAGGAACAACGUCAAGUGACAUCCACUCCAGAGAGGUUCCAUCCAUUGAACCAGAUGAUGAAUACAAGCAGAUGGAGAAAGCAAAUGGAGAAGCAUCAUCUUCAGCGGAGACAACUACAACGAAAACAAGUAAAUGGUCCCAGUUUUGGAAACAUGGAAAAACCAAAGUGAAAAAAGUUAAACAGCCAAAAAAGAUCAACGAGCCCAACGAAAACGAGGAAACAACGACCAAACACAAGACCUCCAAAUUCAAAUUCUUUUAAAAAACAACGAAUGGAAAAAGAAAAUCAAAAGCAACUUCUUCAGAGGAGCAAAACAUCGCAGCAGUUACACCAAGUGAUCUUUACAAGAAAAAGAACGCUUCCGCCACAGGAAGCCAAUAAACCUCUCAUAACACAACACCCAAUUCACAAGAUUUAACAUCAACUGACAAGAUAAUAGAAGUAAAAAACACAAAACUAACAAAAAAUAAAACUUUCUACGACAAACACAACAAUACCAACGUACACACAAAAAACAUCCAACGUCCAUUAACAAGAAUUUCAGUGUCCAAACACAAUAAUUCCUGCAAUGACCAAACAUCGGAGUUCCAACGUCCACACAUAACAGUUACAACAUCCACACAUCACAGUUCCAACGUCCAUACAAAAGAGUUUCAGCGUUCACACAAAACAGUUCCAACAUCAACAUAAAAGAUCUAGACUUCCUGCGUCAACAAAAAGAGUUCAAGCUUCAACACAAAAGAGUACCAGCGUCGCAGCGUCCACAGAAAAGAGUUCCUACGUCAAAACAAA